AUGCUCUUAAACAAAGGAACAGAUUCCUAUGGAAGUUUUAUGUCGUUUCUACUUCGUCAGUAUUACAUGACCUCUCAUAAUAUUGAGAUGGCUAUUCACAACGAGAUCCAAAGAGAUCCAUCGGUACUCUCUAAAUUCAUUACCUCUCACUGGAAAGAGGCCUGUAAGGGAGAGUUACGACCAUGGAAGCGAUAUAGUCACACGGAAGCGCAUCAUAGAUGGUACCAUUCUACAUUAACAACUGACCUUGGAACUACCAUUAUCGAAAUAGAUGUAUUAAGAGGAUCUUUUUUAGUUGACGGCGCCCCCGUUGGACGACUUUCAUCGAGCGUGACGGCUCAUCCAGAUUACAUUCGUCUUUUUUCAAAUUAUGUAUUUGACGUACAACCUGGCAGUGUGAAAGGAACGUAUGUGACCAGAGCUCAAAUCAAUGGAGCUUUUUACAAAUUUAGCCAAUUUGGAGAUACUAUCGAGAUCAUCGAGCAAAGGCCAGAGAGAGAGUUAAAAUUAUUUUCUGACACCUUUUUUGGCACAGAUUUGCCAUAUGGUUUUGUUAAUGAUUACAGUCAUUGGUUUGACUGUGUCAGUAAUGAAAUUUUAUUCCGACCAAAGAGCUUCUUUGACCCUAAUUUCGUCUCUGAAGUCGAAUAUAUUUUAGACCUCAAUGAAAAUGUGCUGACUGAAAAAUCUACAGGCCGUAAAUUGUUGGAUGUUCAUGGAGGUAUUUUUCGAGAAAUUUUAAAGCCAAUGUCUAGAAUUGAAGACUCUCUCUUUCUCCAUUUAUUUGUUAAUGCAACAAUGGAUGAAAUAACUUUAGAUUUGCCAAGAAAGGGAUUACAUUUUACCUUGAUGGAGUACAAAUAUCUUAAAUCUAAAGAAUUUGAUAUGAAUGUAGUGGAGCAUUGCAAUAUUGGAACUCUAAUUGGGCUACGAAGCGGAAUAGUACUUGAAUCUAAGAAUUGUGAAAGGAUUAUUCUUGUCCCCUGUGGAGCUUUACAUGUGUCACGUAAAAACGAAACUGGACAUCAACAAGUACAAAUAAUUAACAGUGACAGAGAAUAUCCAGUCAAGUAUUUUGCAUAUAGAGUCAACAAUUUACUUUGGCAAUUGGAGGGCGAAGACAAUUUAUCCUCUUGGUUGUUUUUGGCUCUUCUCCAUGCUACUACUUCAUCUGUAGUCGAAGACCCUUCACAAGACAAACAGGCACAGAGACUGCCAAAACUAUCCCCUACUCGAGAAUAUUACCCAUAUCAUUUGCAUGAAAUGGAAAACGCAACUUGGCCAGCUGAUAUUCCAAGUAUGGCUGCUCAUGACGCAUUUAUUAUCAUAGCCUCCAAGAUUUAUGAACACUCUCAAUCAUUAUCAUUUUUAUAUCCUCAACCAAUGAAGGAUGAAAAAAAGCAACCACCUUUUCCACACUCAUUAUUCCUUAAUGAAAGAGCAUAUUUUCAAUCAAUUAACAAGUAUAAUAGCAAUGCUUGGUUGUCAUGUGACAAUUACUCUACCAAACAAGUGAGCAAUUUUAGCUUGCCUAAGAAACAGUUAGAGCCUUCAUCAAAACAAGAUACAAUUCGAAGGUUAGCAUGGAGCUCUAGGACCAAAUCUCUAUAUGUAACAGCGAACAUUCAAUACGAGGUUUACGGGAAAAUGACAGAAUUGAAACAAGUUCAAGAAUUUCCUUCAGUCGUGGAAUGGUUCACACUCGAUGAUAUUCAUUGUUACUUUUUGUCAUUGUAUCAUAUCGUUGUAACGAAAAGCAAUAGUUUUGUUACCUUCCUUCUUUCAUACUUAGGCUACAAACAUGGUUCUCGAUAUGAAACAUUGUUGGCUUAUCUGUUGGCCAUCCAUAAUAGACGAAAACAAUUCCCACAAUUACCAGCCACAACAAAAAAAUUGAGAACGUGA